UGUCCUUCUCCACUCACCUCUUGUGCACUGACAAAAAAUAACUGCCAAUAGCUCAUGGAAUUCUGUCUGCCGUGGCAUAAUUGAGCUUCACACUAUUCAUUCUGAUAGCACCUUUUCCCUGGGAAACAACAAAAACAGGUUCAAGAUGUACAGCUUUAUGGGCGGUGGAUUGUUUUGUGCGGGAGUGGGGAACAUACUCCUGGUGAUCUCCACUGCCACCGAUUACUGGAUGCAGUACCGCCAGUCCAGUAGUUACAUGCAUCAAGGUCUAUGGCGCUACUGUGUCCCUGGAAAAUGCAUGACACUCACAGACAACAUCGCAUACUGGGAUGCCACCCGUGCAUUCAUGAUUCUGGCCAGCCUAGCUUGUUUCUUAGGCCUCAUCAUUGGUGUCAUGGCUUUCAUCAAUUACUCCUUUAACGCCUUUGACAAAACCUUUUCUGCAGGAAUUCUCUAUUUCAUUUCAUGCUUCUUCGUGCUGUUGGCCAUGGCCGUCUACACUGGGAUGACAGUGAACUAUUACGGGAAACGUUACGGAAAUUGGAAGUAUUCUUGGUCAUACAUAAUGGGUUGGGUGUCUGUGGUGCUCACAUUCUUUUCAGGGAUUUUCUAUAUGUGUGCAUACCGUAUGCAUGAAUCUAGAGGCACCAUAUCACGCUGAUCUAUCUGAAAUUUGCUAUCUUCAUCCAUUCAGUUUGAAAGUGAACCGUCAUGUCAUCCCUGCUCCCUUUACUUUAGAUCUUUGUUUUCAUGUACAGUGAAUAAAUGACUAAUAAAAUGCUUUGUUUGUUUUAUGGUUUAUACACAAUUUCCAAUAAUUGAAUAUACA